AUGGAUAAUACAGAAGGGGGCUCGCCGACAUAUAAGCGUACACAACUCCCAAUGAGUGAAUUCACUACGCUUCUCUCACUUCAUCCAAUGGAGUCACGGCGUGCUUCUACACCGUUUUCACCACGUCAUUCGAGAUCCAUGUCGUUAUCUCAUACCUUUUCACCACAUUUACAGCAAAGAUUCUUUUAUAUUUCUAAUGGAGGAAUGAUAGCCAGCGCUUUUAAUCUUACUUCAGCUACUCUUGGCGCUGGUACGUUGGCUGUACCGCAUGCCGUAUACCACAGUGGAUUAUUAUUGUCUUCUAUUGUUCUUUUGGUAUGUGUUAUUUCAACUGUUUAUAGUGUCUAUUUACUUUCUUUUGUUAUUGAAGUUACAGGAAAUUCAACCUAUGAAGAGAUGGCAUGUUACUGUUUUGGACAGUUUUUUGAAAAGGUCACUGGUUUUAUUAUUGUAAUGUUUUGCUGGGGUGUAGCAGUAGUUUAUAUUGUAGUGAUGGCCGAUAUUCUUGAUUCUAUGAUUACAUCUCUUCACUUAACGCCGUAUAUUAAUCGACGAACGGCAGUUUUUUUGUUUUGGUUAUUUAUCAUGUUACCUUUGUGUCUAACGCGUAGUAUUAAUUCUCUUCGUUAUGCUUCACUUGUGUGUGCCAUGUCAACAAUGGUACUUGUAGGAGCUAUUUGUACUCAUGCCAUUGAAAGUGGAACAUCAUUGAAAACAUUACCUCUUAUAAAGGUAGAACGUGAUACAUUAAGUUCUUUUAAUACCUUUAUAUUUUCUGUAUGUUGCCAAACUGUAGUUUCUAAAAUAUAUUCCGAAAUGAAAAAAGGAAGCCCUAUUAAGAUUACUACAGCUGCUGCGUUAUCAAUGGGAUCUUGUUCAUUGAUGUACAUUAUGGCAGGUGCGUUUGGUGCAGCUGAUUUUGGUUCACAAAUAGAAUCUAAUGUUAUGCAUAAUUACACGAAUGAACUUGAUAAACCUUAUAUUGCUAUCGCAUUCCUUGCAUUAGCUGUUACUGUAACGAUGGCAUUUCCAAUGACUAUAUUCCCGACAAGGGAUUCUGUGUUAAUGGUAUUGGGAUUUACAGAGAACGAAAACGCACAUGUUUCGGCUAUAGUAUCUACAAUACUUGCUCUUUUAGCUCUUAUUCUUGGUCUUGUAGUGCCUAAUGUGCGUGUUCUCUUUGAUUUUCUUGGUGGUGUUUUUGGUGGUCUGGUGUCAUUUGUUUUUCCUGCAAUGUUUGCGAUGCGGUGUGGUUUCUACAAGCCGAGUGCCGUUGGUUGGCCACACACUGUUGCAACUAUAACUUUGUUUUUUAUUGGAAUUUUUUCAUGUUUGCUGGGUGUAUGCACUUCUUUUGGUUUUGUGUAG